AUGUCCUCUCCACCAGCAGCGCCGAGCAGUCCGCCUCAGGACAACUACGGCCCUGACGAACAACUGCGCAACGAGCAAGAAGCAUCGCAGAACUCUUUGCAGCCCCCUACCGAUGGCACCACUCAAAAUUCAUCACAACUCCCGCCCGCCUCGUCACCACUCUUCUUUCACUCGUCACCUGCAGUCAAUGGCGGUGCUGAUGCUAUGAGCUCACCCAUGAGGGCCGAGUCAGCACUCCCAAGCGACGGCGGUCCUACACCUAGGGCCUCGGGCCAAACCAUAGGAGGUGCGCAACUUUCAUUCCACCGAGUACUCGGUACAAGACUGAUUGUAGACAACANNGAUUCGUCUCCUAUCCGCUACGCAUCCAGUUCCAGCGGAGCACCUCUGACGGCAGGCAACCGCGCCAACCAAUUAAGAAGCGACAGCAGCGGCUUGUUUGUGCGCUCACCCUACUCUGGAGGUCCAGUCGGCGCUGCCAACAGACGCCAUGACAUCGAAUCAGACAUUCUCUCUGGUGGCGGCCGAAGAAGACUCUUCGUCGAUGAGAACGGCAGACCUACCCGCGACGAAGCAUCACACUCCGACACUGCUACCUUCUCCAACGUCGACCCUCAAACCUCCGAAGCUAACAUUCUUGGAGGACACUCAACCAGGACCGUGUGGGGUACCAACAUCAGUGUCUCGGACACUUUGAGCACAUGUCAGAAUUUCUUCCGCGACUUCCAGAGAAAGUAUCGCAUGCGCUACGAUGGGGACCUCCCGGAAACCCAGAACCUGCCUGCUGAUCAUGCUGGGAAUGAGAAGGUCUACAUGAAUGCUCUAGAGUUGAUGAUGGAUCUUGGAACCAGUCAGCUCAAUCUGGACAUGGAGAACCUCAAGGCAUACCCCUCGACGCAAAAGCUGUGGUACCAGAUGCAGAAUUUCCCUGCCGAAAUCCUUCCCAUCUUCGAUCAAGCUUUGAAAGACACAAUGUACGAGCUGGCAGAGAAGCGCAUGUCAGAGAUGCGCAUUCCAUCGCAGCGUCACCAAUCUGUCAGGGACGACUCUGUUCCAGCCAUGCCCUCAUCAGAUUUCGAUGCUACCACACCACGACCCACCCAAACCGAGAACAUUCCCGACCUCAUCCAAGAAGUCGAGAGCCGCAUCUUCAGAAUCAGACCUUUCAACAUGGGCAAGACCAUCAACUUGCGCGACCUUAACCCGGGCGACAUGGACAAGAUGGUCAGUGUCAAGGGUCUUGUCAUCAGAACCACACCCAUCAUCCCUGACAUGAGAGAAGCCUUCUUCCGUUGCUCCGUCUGUCAUCAUACUGUCAAGGUCGAUAUCGAUCGUGGUAAGAUCGCCGAGCCUACUGUCUGUCCUCGUGAGGUCUGCGCUUCUCCCAACUCCAUGCAGAUUGUACACAACCGUUGCGUCUUCUCCAACAAGCAAGUCAUCAAGUUGCAAGAGACUCCUGAUCGUGUACCCGAUGGUCAAACCCCUCAUUCAGUCUCGUUGUGCGUCUAUGACGAUCUUGUAGAUGUCUGCAAGGCUGGUGACAGAGUCGAAAUUACUGGUGUCUUCAAGUGCAAUCAGGUCCGCAUCAACCCUCGUCAAAGAUCAGUGAAGAACAUCUUCAAGACCUACAUCGACUGUGUCUUCAUCAAGAAAGUUGACAAGCGCCGCAUGGGCAUCGACAUCUCAACCCUCGAGGAAGAGCUGUCAGAGCAAGCGUCUGGUGGUAAAGAAGAAGUCAGAAAGGUCAGCGCAGAGGAGGAGGCGAAGAUCCUAGAAACCGGCGCUCGACCCGAUGUCUAUGACCUACUCUCACGGUCACUGGCUCCCAGCAUCUACGAGAUGGAUGAUGUCAAGAAGGGUAUCCUGCUCCAGCUCUUUGGAGGCACCAACAAGUCAUUUGAGAAGGGUGGUAGCCCAAAGUAUCGUGGCGAUAUCAACGUCUUGCUUUGUGGUGACCCAUCGACGGCAAAGUCGCAGAUCCUCUCUUACGUACACAGAAUUGCGCCUCGUGGUGUCUACACCAGUGGUAAGGGUUCAUCAGCUGUUGGUCUGACUGCCUACGUCACUCGCGACCCAGAGACACGAACACUUGUUCUGGAAUCCGGUGCUCUCGUCCUGUCAGACGGUGGUGUUUGCUGUAUCGAUGAGUUUGACAAGAUGAACGACUCGACACGAUCGGUUCUGCACGAAGUCAUGGAGCAACAAACUGUUUCUAUCGCAAAGGCCGGUAUCAUCACCACCCUCAACGCAAGAACCAGUAUUCUAGCAUCUGCCAACCCUAUCGGCAGCAAGUAUAACCCCAACUUGCCUGUACCGCAAAACAUCGACCUGCCACCUACGCUACUAUCGCGUUUCGAUCUGGUCUAUCUUGUGCUUGACCGCAUCGACGAGAUGAACGAUCGUCGUAUGGCAAAGCAUUUGGUCGGCAUGUAUCUCGACGACGCCCCUGAAAACGCCAGCGCAAACGAGAUUCUGCCCGUCGAAUUCCUGACCUCCUACAUCUCCUACGCUCGCAACAACAUCCAACCCAAAAUCUCAGAAGAUGCGUCAAAAGCCCUCGUCGACGCCUACGUCUCCAUGCGCGCCCUCGGUGCCGACGUCCGCGCCGCAGACCGCCGCAUCACAGCCACAACCCGUCAACUAGAAUCCAUGAUCCGUCUCGCCGAAGCCCACGCCAAGAUGCACCUACGCAGCGAAGUCACCGCCGACGAUGUCAACGAAGCCGUUCGCCUGAUCCAAUCUGCUCUCAAGCAAUCAGCCACAGAUUCAAGGACUGGGUUAAUCGAUAUGGGACUUUUGACUGAAGGCACCAGUGCUUCGGAGAGGAAACGCAAGAGUGAUCUCAAGGAUGCUGUGCUCAGUGCUGUGGACGAUAUGCUGAGAAGUGGUAAUUCGAGUGUUAGGGUGCAAGAUGUUUUGAGGAGGGUUGGUGAGGAUUCUACUGUUCCUGUCGAGUCUGUUGAGUUGGCUGAGGCGUUGCGCGCUCUCGAGGGUGAAGGCAAGUUGUUGAUUUCAGGCGAGGGACAAAGGCGUAGUGUCAGAAGGGUCACUGGAAUUGCUUGA